AUGUUCGAUGCGACGCCUCCGAACCAUCGCGUCCGUCUAAAAGAAAGCAAGAAAGAGCAAACAAAAGACAAAACUAACUCUUAUGACCGUCAGAACCUUUCUUUUGUCCUCGAAGGAAUUCACCAGGUUAAAUUUGAGGAUCGACCUAUCCCAGAGCUCAGAGAUCCUCACGAUGUCAUUGUAAACGUCAAGUACACGGGUAUCUGUGGCAGCGAUGUCCACUACUGGGAACAUGGCGCCAUCGGUCACUUCGUCGUAAAGGAUCCCAUGGUUUUGGGGCAUGAGUCUUCAGGUGUCGUCGCCAAGGUCGGCUCGGCGGUCACAAGCUUGAAGGUGGGAGAUCGCGUUGCCAUGGAGCCAGGUGUUCCAUGUCGCAGAUGCGAGCCCUGCAAGGCGGGCAAGUAUAACCUUUGCGAGAAGAUGGCUUUCGCGGCGACCCCACCUUACGAUGGCACUCUGGCCAAGUACUACCCUCUUCCCGAAGAUUUCUGCUAUAAGCUGCCAGAAAACAUCUCUCUGCAAGAGGGAGCUCUCAUGGAACCCCUCGGUGUCGCCGUACACAUCACAAGACAGGCGAGCAUCAAGCCGGGUGAAUCAGUGGUUGUCUUUGGAGCUGGUCCCGUGGGGCUUCUGUGCUGCGCCGUGGCUAGAGCGUUUGGCGCUUCAAAAAUUAUCGCUGUCGACAUUCAAAAAACACGACUUGAUUUCGCCAAGAAGUAUGCUGCAACAGCAAUUUUCGAGCCCGCCAAAGUCAGCGCGGUGGCCAACGCGGACCAGAUGAGGGAGGAGAAUGAUCUGGGACCGGGCGCAGAUGUAGUCAUCGAUGCCUCAGGGGCUGAACCUUCCGUGCACACCGGCAUCCAUGUUCUGCGCCCCGGUGGUACAUACGUCCAAGGUGGCAUGGGCCGCAACGAAAUCAACUUUCCCAUCAUGGCAGCCUGCACGAAAGAGCUGACCAUCAAGGGUAGUUUCCGGUAUGGAAGUGGUGAUUAUAAACUUGCAGUCGACCUGGUAGCAUCUGGCAAGGUCAACGUGAAGGACCUCAUCACUGGGGUCGUUGAAUUCCAGGAAGCAGAACAAGCUUUUAAGGAAGUCAAGGCUGGGAAAGGCAUUAAGACGCUCAUUGCUGGGGUGCGUGAUUGA